AUAUGUUUAUGCUGAAAAUAAAUAAAUUCUUACGUUUCAUAUAUCUUACUAUUAAAUAUUUAAAUAGUUUCUAAAAAUUUACUUUGGUGGCGCUAGAAGUGUUAAAUACAUUCUUUCAUCAAGUGAAAGAACAUAGACUGUCAACAAUUCAUUUUCAUAACAUUUGUGGUACCGUUCGCAUACAGUAAGAGCUCCAUUAAUGAAAAACGUAAAAGUAAAUUUUCAUUACCACUUCUUGAUACAUACUUCUAAAUCUGCAUCUGUAUGUAUAUAUGUAUAUAUAUGCUGUCCGAUGCUAUCAAACAUAGAAUAUGUUACUAGCUAGGAACUAAAAUUCUAGUGAUAUAAAGGUUGGAACGUUGCAAAGAAGUAGAUGGAUACACGAAGGAGAAAGAGAGAGAAUGGCAUCGCGCAAUCAGUGAGGGAGUCUCGCAUCGGUCCGUGGGCGUCAUCAUGGUGUGUGGGUUGAAGCGUUUUUGAGAGACAAGUUUGUUUUUAAUCGAUAGGACGUAGGCAUUUUUAUUAUUACGGUGAUGGUUUUACGGGAAAUGCCAUUGUUAUUCCGCAAGCCGCUAUGGAGAAAAUCAUUGACGCGCGAUGUACAAUUACGAAAUAAAUUUUAAGCGGAACGAUACAACGGUGCAUACGAUGUCGAAUUCGGAACAAGUUUUUCUUCAACAUCGACUUGUGUGGAGAUACAAAUGGAUGGUUGUUACAUUGUCGGUGUUACUCGUAACACCAUCGAACUUUACAAAAGCCGACAGGAUAUCGUACGAUAGUACCAAGGGUAAUCAGUGUCCCGUUGAGUGUUCGUGCCUUGGGAAUGUAGUGGACUGCAGUAGCUUACAAUUGAUCGGAGCACCCAGCGGGCUACCACCAUGGACAGAGAUCUUAGAGUUAAGAGAGAACAACAUAGCUAGCUUGGAGCCUGAUGUAUUAUUACAUUUAACUAAAUUAAAGGAAUUAGACCUUAGCGCCAACAAAUUUGGAGACAAUUUUACAAUCAUUCUACCAGAAGAUACACAUUUGCAAGGGCUUAAAAUAAAUAAAAAUCAAUUAACGGAGGUACCAGAUAUGUUUUUUGUUAAAAACAUAACACACCUUGCAUUAGCUCAUAAUUCUAUCACUGAUAUAAAUGGAACUGCAUUACUUACUCUGCAGCUACUUCAAAAUUUGGAUAUGAGUGGAAAUAAAAUAAGUGUUAUUCGGAAUGGAUCCUUUCUUGCUCCUAAUUGCCUUACACAUUUAAAUUUGAACAUGAAUCAAAUAAGGAUAAUUGAAAACGGAAGUUUAGAUAAUCUAACUUCGUUGGAAGAAUUGCGUUUGAAUAAAAAUCAUUUGACGCAGCUGAAAGAUCUUUUUACGAAUUUGAAAAAAUUGCGUAUAUUAGAAAUAAAUAAAAACGAAUUGCAAACGAUCCAAGGACUUAGUCUUACAGGUUUAAAAAAUUUGAAAGAAUUACGUUUGAAGAGAAACAAGAUUGAAACGUUACAUGAUGGUGCGUUCUGGCCACUCGAAAAUUUGACGAUCCUGCAACUUGACUUUAACAUGUUAACCGUUGUGAGAAAAGGAGGCCUUUUCGGAUUAGAGCAUUUACAAAAGUUAACGUUGUCGCACAAUCGAAUAAGCACCAUUGAAAUACAAGCAUGGGAUAGAUGCAAAGAAAUUGUGGAGUUGGAUCUGUCGCAUAACGAAAUGAAGAGCAUUGAACGAGAUACUUUUGAAUUUUUGGAAAAAUUAGAAAAGCUCAAACUGGAUCACAAUCAAAUUACCUAUAUUUCGGAUGGUGCAUUUGCUUCAACUCCUAAUUUGCAGAUAUUGGAACUAAACUUCAAUAAAAUUUCAUACAUGGUGGAAGAUAUCAACGGUGCCUUUGAUCCACUUGGACAACUAUGGAAACUAGGAUUGGCGCACAAUAGAAUAAAGUCGGUAAACAAAAAUGCAUUUACCGGACUAAGUAGCGUAACUGAACUGGAUUUAAGCGGAAACAAUGUAACGAGCAUUCAAGAAAAUGCAUUCGUUUCAAUGACUAGCCUAACGAAACUGAGAAUGAAUACAAGAGCUUUAGUUUGUGACUGUGGCCUGCAAUGGUUAAGUAUGUGGUUACGUGAGCACAGUUACAGUGAUGCGGAAGUUUAUUGCGGGUUUCCACAUUGGCUACAAGGAAUGUCGUUGACUCAGCUUCAUCAUAAGAAUUUUACAUGUGAUGAAUAUCCAAAGCCAAGGAUUAUUGAAGAACCUAAAAGUCAAAUGGGCAUUAAAGGAGAUAACGUGACGCUAGUUUGCCGAGCAACGAGUACUGCCAAUGCACCACUACAUUUUACCUGGAAGCAUGAUAACGUUGAAAUGGAUGAUGUUAAUCUGCAAAUAAACACCGAUUCUAUGGAAAACGGUGUAACAGAGGCAUCUUCCAUUUUACAUUUUACUAAUGUUACACACGCGAAUGCUGGGAAAUAUCAAUGUAUGGUAACCAACACAUACGGAACGACAUAUUCCACAAAAGCAAAAAUAAGCAUUUUAAUUUAUCCAUCAUUUUCGAAAAUUCCGCACGAUAUACGUGUAAUCGCUGGAAGCACUGCUCGACUCGAGUGUUCCGCGGAUGGGCAUCCAUCGCCGCAAAUAGCGUGGCAAAAAGAUGGUGGUAACGACUUUCCAGCGGCAAGAGAGAGAAGAAUGCACAUGAUGCCUACUGACGAUGUACUAUUCAUCGUCGACGUGAAAACAGCGGAUAGUGGCAUUUACUCGUGCACUGCGCAAAAUCUUGCUGGUUUAAUCGUCGCGAAUGCUACUCUUACGAUACUGGAAACGCCAUCAUUCGUAAAACCAAUGGAAAACAAAGAAGUGACAAUGGGUGGUUCGAUCGUAUUGGAGUGCAUGGCAAGCGGUAUGCCCAGACCAAAGUUAUCAUGGCGUAAGAAUGGAAAUCCUCUGCAGGCGACCGAGCGACAUUUCUUUACAGCUGAAGACCAACUACUGAUAAUCGUCGACACUAAAAUUAGCGACGCUGGCAGUUAUGAAUGUGAAAUGAGCAAUUCAUUGGGUAGUGUCGUUGGUGCAUCUCACCUUACAGUGAAACCAGCUCCGAUAUCAACUCCUAAUCCUAUGUCGGUAAACGAGGAUGAUAUACUAGGUUUGAUAAUAAUCACCGUUGUAUGUUGCGCUGUUGGUACAUCGAUAGUAUGGGUGGUUAUAAUCUAUCAAACUAGAAGACGGUUGAAUGCUCUUACUCAGACUAGAAAUUCACAACCGUCGUCAGCUAUAGCAGCUACGGUAGCGGACACGCAAACACAUAUAUAUUUGGAAACGAGUUCGCAGCAUAGUAAAGACAGCGGUACAGGAGACAGUACCAACCCUAGUAGCGAUCAGUUACAAUUAUGUUUACCCGAAGAGAUCGUUACAUGUUCAGUGAACAAUGAGGAAGAAACAAGUGCCGUGGUGAAUGUAGGAGCACCGUUGUUACGAUACACGAAUCAUGAACGACAGGUCUUGGAGAACAAAGACUGCGCCGUUUAAAAAACAGAAAUUUCAAAUAUGUCUUCAUCAUGAUCGGUUCGUCGCAGUCCGUGCAUAAACGUUCUUCUUUACCAUGUGCAAAAGAACGAUUGAAAAAUCGCAAGCGAUCGAACGUUGUUUCAACCGUUUGAUAACAAACUAUUUGCUACAGCAAAUGUGCAAUUUGUCAAUCCUCGUGUGUCAUGAACAUUAAUGUCGUGGUGUACGAUAGGGGUACAAGCGACAAGGAUCCCGAUCAUUGUCGUAUUUAUUAUAAAAACGUUUGUCAGAAGAGCGAUACGUAAACUAGAAAGUACUAAUGACGUAAGAUUUGUAAAUAUUUAAGAGUAAGGACUCAUCGUAAUUAGUGUGUAACUGAGUGCCGUCGAGGAAAGGGUAAAAUAAUAAGAGUAUGUUGACACUGGGAAUUACCGUAACCCGCAAAAGCCACUUAUAUCGUAAACCAGUCUUUUGUGAUAGAUAUUUAUUUUUAGGAUUACUUAAUUACUAUUAGAUAAUGUUUGUAUUUAUAGUGCCCCAUGACGUCAGUUUGUCUUAAACGAAAAAGAAGAAAAAGAAAAAAAAACAGAUGAAAUGAGAAAGAGAAACGUACAUACGUACACAAGUUCACGCACACGUAUUUUACAUAUACAACAAACGCGUUAAUUGUGUAUACAUAUAUACGUACGAGCGAACGGGUAUGCGUGUACAAUUGUUACGCACCAAAGUGCUGAUAUGUAGACACUUCAUGAUUUGUCUUCCUCUUUAUUUUUUAUUCAUAGCUAAUGGUUACGUCGCACCUAGAUAAACACUUUGAUACAAUUUAAUCCGAUAACGAUUGCUCAUCACCGAUAGAUAUCAAUACCAGUUUUCUAGUAUCUGCCUGUGUAUUAUCAUCGCUUAAAGUCAACGAUUUUCCUUUAGUAUUUAAUUUACUAAAAUUUAUAGCGUCUAUACAUGAAAAGAAUACUAUAUUUAUUAUAGUAAUUUCAUGAAAGUUCGCAAACGUUGUCACGAUUGCGUUUUAUCGUCAUUUUGAUCGAGGAGAAAUUAAUAGGAGAAAACACUUUCUUCCUUCGUUUUUCUUCUAUCAAUAAUUUGUUUCUUGUGUAUUCGUGCGUUUUAAUAGAAAAUCUAAACGUAAGAUAAGUAGAUUUGUAAUUAGUUGAGCGAUCAAGCGAUAAGACGACGGUAGCUGUGUAGAAAAACUUCAGUGGAUAUUAUCGUUUUUGUGAAUUUGAAGUUCAUUUGUGAUAUUACCGUGCUGCGCACAUGCAAUUUAAAAUGACCGUGAACAUACAUGGUAUAAGAUAUGAAACAGGAAAACGUAAAUCUUUGGUAAAAGCCGACGCUUGCAAAAAUUAUUAUUGUGAUACUUUAUCGUUUCGCUAUCAUGUCGCGGUUAAAAAUGCAUCCUUCAUAAUCAUCUAUAUUUUUUUAAAUCAUAUAAUUCGAGAAAGCGAAAGAGAAAAAGAAGAUUAAGCGAAUAUUGUCAUUCUUGGUUGACGCGAUACAACGCAUUAUAUCGCGUAGUAACGUAUCACGAGCGAUAAAUGGUUGUUCGGUCUACGAUCAACUUCGUUCAUUAGUUCUUUCCCUUUUCGUCAUCAAUGACUUGUAGCAUGCGUCGUUUUUCAUUCUACGGAAGAUUUUUAUCAAAUAUACAGUUAUUUUGUUCUGCGAAAGAGAAGAGGAUGAAAAUUCAAUGUAUCGUCGCCGGUGGAUUCAGGAAUGAGUCGCGAACGAUUGCGAAUUAAGAUUGCGUCCAGCAGGCCAGCAGAUCCAGUGGGAUCGUGCAAACUUACCACUGACAAGUAUUAAACCGUAUUUUGCCAAUAAACAAGAGAAUCUGUCGCGAAAACGUUGAUUGACUCGUGCCUGUGUGUGAUACACCGAUUAAGGUGUCCUCGUUUAAUUCAGUAUUUUUCCUUGUUGUUACGUGGUAUAUUAUAAACAAAUACAAGUAAUCUAUCAGAAUAAUGUUAUAUAGUCAGUCAGCAAACAAACUCCCUCAUCUUUCCUCUCUAUUAACAUUUCGUUUCGUUUCUUUUCUCUUGAGCUUUAUUUACCAAACGAGCAUACUUUGUUAAAAUAUACAAUUGCUGAUACAUGUACAUGUACAUUCAUAGGAGAAAGAAAGAAAAAAGCAGACGGAUUCGGCAAUCUUCUUAGAAACAUUAAAACGAUACGCCAGCGUAUCAUAACCAUUUGCUUUUUUUUCCUUUCUUUCUUUUCUUUCUUCCUUUCCUUCUUUCUUUCUAUAUUCUUUUUUCCUUUUUCUUUCCUGCUAUCAAUGAACGUAUCUGUGCGGGUGUACAUAUUUUGCGCGGUUGCAGCCAUUUCUCGAUCUCAAAUAUUCCUGUUUACACUACAUCGGUGAUCAUGAAAACACGCAUCACACACAUAUACAAGUGUUCCCACGAGAUAUUAGUUCUCUAAGGGUUAAAAAAUACUAGAUUCGCAUUCAGAUGAAUUCAGAAUUGAUUUUUUAUCAUCAAUCUGUUGGCGUUGAUGUCAGUCAUGAACGAUCGAUAGGAACGAAACCCCUUCGAUGAUUUUGUUACGCAUUCGCGAAUAGAAUCGUUCGAAGAAAAUAAAAGGACGCGAUGUCCGAUUCGUUUAAGAAUUAAGAUCUUAAGAGAAAACAUGAUAAGUACUUUUUUCUUGAUUUUUCGACGUUAAUAUCGUAUUAAAACCGAAAAGGAAUAUUUUAAUAUAAAAUAAUUAGAACUGGAAAGAAUCUGACAGAUAUGGAUAGCCGGAAGUAUGAUUGUUAAGAUAAAGAAAAUUUUAAUAUGUUCAAUACUUUAAUAACUUCAAGCAGUGCUUUUCGAACUAUGAAUAAAAUGGAAAAAUAUAUGUUUGGAAUAAAUAUUAAAUAAAAGAACAAUUUUGAUAACGCAAGAUUAAUUAAUAGCAUAGUGAAUUUUAAAACUACAGCAUGAUAGAAAAGAGAUGGGAAAUAUGCUUAUCGUGUUUUUGCUCUAUACAUAGUUUUCAAAUGCGAACGAAAGAAACAAGAAGUUUGGGCGGGGAAAAGAGAAUUAAGAUGUAAGAAACGUAAUACAUAUAUAACGGCACGUGGGUAGUUACUUAUUUCCAAGUAUCACAAUGAUCAAAGUAUCGUAUAUAUACACAGUGUGUGUUAAAAUUGUCGUUCGAUUCGUUGACGCAAGAAGUGAUCGUUGUUGAUACCCAGAUUGCGAAUAUUUAUGCAUUUAUGGAAAAUAAAAGAGAAAAAUAUAUAAAAUAUUCAGAGUAAAGCACAAUUUAUAGCAUUUAAUAAUUGGAAGAAAUCUAUAUUUAUGUUUCAGUUUGAUAAAUAUUUGUGUAAACAUUCGCAAUCUGUUGGUAACGUUCAUUUCAUGCGAUGGUAAAGUAGAAUCGUGCUUUUCUGCGACGCGAUUAAACAAUAAAAGAAAACGCGUGGGUUAUGACGCUUUAAAGGACGAACAAUAUAUAAAUAAAUAAGAAGAAAAUAGUUUAGUUAAGUAAAAUACAUCGUGUGGUUCCUUUUAAAUGGGGAACAGCAACAUCUUUGAUGGUAAACAGCCACGAUAUCUCUUGCGAAAAAUCUCUUGAAGUUUGUUGUCGUUAAUGGAAGGAAUUUACCAACAAAUUAGACUGUUCGGGAAAUUCGUAAUGUGAGUUAAGAAAGAUCUAAAUUAAAAAUUUGUCGUCUUUUUCAUCAAUGAACUUCGCAUAGCUUUUACAGGCUUCUAAAGUAUUUUUUAUUUCAUCUUUGACUUUCGACUAAAUUUUGUAAAGAUCACAAUAAAUAAUAACGAGGCCGAUAGAGACAAACAUUCUAGAUACGAUUCAAAAUUUGAAUGUAUAACGUUUAACAUUGUCCCACUGAAAAAGAGAAACAUAUUUUAUUAACAAAUUUUGGAUACUUCUUCAUAAUUUUCUUUAAUAUCCAACCAAGAGCAGUAUAGUUGUUUAAACAUUUCAUUAUUUGAUAAACGGAAUUUGUAAUAAAAAUGCUACGAACUUUUCGAACAAUCCAAUAAAAGGCGUUGAAAAUUGUGAUAUUCGCAGGAAAAAGAAUUGUUCGAUUCUUACCGGUUCCGUUUUAUCUGCAAAUCGCAAAUAUAAUUACUUAAUAUCCUGCUUGUUAAACAUGAUGCGCAUUCUGACUCGGCGCAUCCUGAACGAACCAGGCGAUUCGUCUCCGUCGUUAAACGGUAACGCGAAAAUAACAGAUUUAUUUCACCGCAAAAUAUGUACAGGUUUCGAGCGAAUUUUCGUCGGUAAGACGGCGCGCGAUGGUUUCAGAAUAGGCAUGCGCGUGCGCGAAACAGUCGCAGCUAACGAUCGAGUCCAUCCGACCGCGUCGUCAUCCUUCGUGAUGCGGUAAAUUUCCUCGUAGGAUCAACCGCGAUCAUUCUUCGUCGGCUCUCGGCCGAUUUUUCGUUCACUCGCAAACACAAAAUUCUCUAUCUAUCUACCUAACUAUCUAUUUAUCUAUAUAUAUAUAUAUAUAUAUGUAUAUGUAUAUAUAUAUAUAUAAUAUUUGCGUCGCUCACAAUAAAACUAACAUUGUCAAAAAUCAUUAAGACGCGGUGCUCGUUGGUCGAUGCUCGUCGGCCGGCGAUCGAUCGCGAUUAUCGGAAGAUGCAGAUAUCGCGGUAACGUUCUUCAGUCUCGAACCAGUCGAUCUUCGAUUCGUCGGUUGACGCGCUUCGACGACGGUUCGUCAAUAACUCGUUCCGUGGCCAUGCUAAAUUUUGUUCGUUCGAGCUUUCUGAUGCGUAAAUCUGUCUAUAAACAACGAUUGUAGUCGAAGUAACGGUUCAAAUUGUCUUAUGCGUUUGGCCAAUUACGUGCCGCGUAUCGACGUUCCAAAUCGUCGAACAACGAAAACACGCAUUACUAUUUACAAGAAAAGUUGGGCGAGCAUAGAGUUCGAAUUAGAAACGACGUCUCGUUUCGAUGUUUCGAUUCGGUCGUUACAAACGAACGAGGAUAGCUCGAUGCAUCUUUUACAAUUAGACGGAUACAAAGCACGAAGAUCGGUUCUUGCGAAAUCUCGUCGUCGGUAAUUGAUCAUUCAUCUCGUCACCGUUUCUGGAUAGCGAUGCGCACCUUGCGGCAACUUCGCGCGACUCGUUUAUACAAGUCGAUAAUAACGUUCAAGCGAAUUAUCCCGGAUGGUAAAUAGCAAUCAGAACGCAACUUUCAUCAAACGUACAAGCUGCUCAUUAUACAAAAAUAUCCUCAAAGAUACGACAUUUUUAUCUACAGAAUCGAUUAUCUAAACUCACCUAUAAACAAUGAACGUGGAAGUACGUGCCACGAAGCUUGGUCGCAAAGUUGCACAUUCUUCAUCCAAGCUUAAACGCACGCACGUUGUCGCUCGUUUCGAUCCUUGCACCGCACAGCUCUUCACACCAUCAUCCGUGUUCAAUUCCGCGAGUUCCGCUCGUCGCCAGUGUGUUUCGAAAUUAUAAGGUAAUUCAAGAAGGAUAAGCGCGUGAUUGCAAUACAGAUAGCUGUCGUGUAAUUAGGCCGAGCGCGUAGUGGAAGGGAAGGGUUAAAGUGGGGGAGCCUACGACGCGAGCGGACACCCGUCGAAGUCGCGGCGAAGCUUGGCGAGCGAAACGCACGGUUUCCAGCGGUUUUUAGUGCCGCGCUGUGUCGCGUUCCAAAUCGUUCCGCACUGCCGUCUCUUCUCGAACGUUUUCCUUCGGAGAAGUCGAAUUUUCGCGCUUUAGUCUAUCAGCGACAGAAUUGUCCUACAAAGAGUCGUUAACGUGUCACCGUGCUACCGUAUCACCUUCCCCGCGAAUGUAGCGCGCGCGAUCCACUUACCGAACUGAAAACCGAGAAAGAGAAAAAGAACUUGAGACGAACGCGAUCACGCACGACCAACGUGCGAACUUUCGUUACGAAUAUCCGGCCGUAAAAACGUUCGAGUCGGAAGAUUCACCGCGAUCGAUGCGUGCGCGAAUCAACGGCGAUGAUGUUCGCGUAUUCGAAUCGUGCGAGGACGAUCUGAAACCGCACACGAAUUGUUACCAAGCUUUCUAGCCUUUGGCGAGAAAAUCGAAAGCGACGAUCUUCGUUGGUUGGUUCACGGUCGAUCUUGAUCGCGAUCAGUCAGUAAUCGACGGUUUCUGGUUUCUAG